AUUUGAAAAGAAAUUUCAAAAUUUUACUAUAUUGUGACAUCUUUAAACAUCUUGUUCUUAGAAAUUAAGAAUUAAAAAAAAUCUAUUACGCUUAACUGAAACUAUUUAUUUUGUGAAGUUAUUCUUGAAAUUUGAAUUUGAUUGUUGUAAUUAUAGAUGCAGCCAGUUGAAAAAAAGUUUCAAGAUUUCGAGAAAGCGUUUAGGUAUUUCAAUGUUAAUUAUUUUUCAGUCAACUUUAUUAUAAUGAAUCUAUUAUCGGAGAAAUGAUCACAAUGGUCAAACGAAACAUGAGACACUAGACAGGAUAGAUUAGGUUAAAGGUUGCUUUAGGCUGACCUUAGGCUAGGUACGUACGCUUUCACUGAAACUCGUACAAUCCAAGAAAUACCGAAAUAAAUUUCAUUAAAAUCUUUUUUCGAUAUCUCUAAAAUAUCAAUCUCUCGAAAAAUGUGAAAAAGUGUCAAAUCGGUUUUUUUUAAAAUGUUACAUGUAGCAUAUCCCUUUAAUGCGGGUAUCUCUUCGCGUUUUGAGGGCCUGCGAGUCGUCGCAUCCAUUCCUGAUUUCUGUGAAGCAAACUGGUCGCAAUGGAGUUCUCGUCUCAUGUCCCGUUGGGACAAACAGAAACGAUCGAAUCACCAUGUGGAGCGUGCGCGAGGCAUCGCGCCGCUGAGGAGAAAGAAGCCGAGGUCUCGUUUCGACCGCGUUACACUCGCCUGUCGUCAGCCGGAUAAAGCUCGCGCGUGGACUCUGGGAUUCCGGUUAUCGAUCGGAGAGGCAAGUCAUCAGGAAAGGGAAUUUAAAGAUUUGCUACAUUCGACAUUCCUGACGCACCACGUAUAAGAUGGCAGAAAUAAAUAUCUUAGGAUGGGCCGAUUAUUUAGUUAUAACAGUGAUGCUGUCCAUAAGUGC